AGGGGGUUAUAAAGCGGGGUGAAAGGUCAGGAGUCAGGGGGUGACGCCGCUGUGGGCCGCGCAGUGACCCCGGGGGCUGGGACGGACACAGGGAGGCAGGAGGCGGCGGGGCAGAGAGAGAAUCCAGAUGUCCGGGCUCUGGCCCCCCGACCAUGCCCACCCGAGGCAGGAGGGAACCCAGGCCAGGAUGACGGGCAUGGCCGACAACCACCGGGAGAGCUGGGCGGGGCUGAUCGCGGAGGCCGAGCGGUACCGGCGCCGGACGGGGAACGAGGUGGUUCUGAUCACGGCUUUCCGGGCCCCACAGCCGGGCGGCUUCGCCUACGCCCAGCACGGCUGCGGGGCCCUGGGUGACGCCGCCCGCCGCUACCUGGAGGACAUCGCCGUCGUCCACAAGACCACAGCGUUUACAUACGCCGCCCGGCCCCCGCCCGCCCCCAGGCCCCCCUCCAGCCCCUACUCCCGCAGCUGCCCCCCCCAGGACCCGCCUGCCGGCCCCCACUGGACAGCGGGCGCCCAGGGAGCCCCGGCAGAGGCUGCGGGGGGGCAGGAGGAAGAGGAGGAGAAAAACAUGCCUGUGCCCAGGGAGGUGGAGGCACCCGGGAAGCAGCAGCCCCCCAGCGACACCACGGGUCUCUUUGUGAUGGACGAGGACUCCCCCAGCCAGGACUACGAGCCCUUCUUCGAUUCGGACCCGGAGAGCACUGACGACGGCAGCCUGAGCGAGGAGGCGCCCCCCCAGCCCCCGCCCGCACCCCCCAACCACCAGUACGCCAAGUCGCUGCCCGUCUCUGUGCCCGUCUGGGCCUUCCGGCAGGCGGGGCCCGAGCCGCGCUCGUCUGACGAGGAGAAUGCCAAGCACUUGGCAGUACAUCAGCAUGGAGGAGAUGAGGCCCAGGACCUGGAGGAGAAAGAGGAGGGUGUUACCCAGAUGGACUGACCAGACAUCUCCUCCCCUCUGGGCACUACCUGGCCACAGUGACCAGCUGCCUCCUUAUCCCCUGGGGCUUUAGCGACUGGAUUCAGAAAAGCAGCCUGACUCCCUCUGGGAACUGCUGGGCAGGACCCCCUGGGGGAGUAACCCGAGGGGGCAGGAGGCCGGGGGAAGAGUCCUUAGUGAGGUUGCAGGAACUUGUGCCCACGGCAGGCGCCUGGCCGGGCUUUCGGUGAAAGCCGCGCUGGUACUGGACACAGAACAGCAGCUCACAGGAAGGGGAAGGUUGGACAAAGGCCUGCGGGAGCGACACCAGGAGGCCCAAUCCCACCCGGAGCUGCAGCCGGCCGGGGAUGUUACAAGUAACCAGAAGGGUUUCGUCAGGUACGUUAGCACCAAGAAGAGGGUCAGGGAAAGUGGGGGCCUCGCGCUGAAUGGGGGAGGCCACCCAGUGCCAGAGGAUGUGGGAAAAGCUCACGUCCUGGAUGCUUUUUUUGCCUCUGUCUUCACGAACAAGGGCAGCCCCCAGACAGCUGCGCUAGGCGGCACGGCCUGGGGAGGAGGUGACCAGCCCCCGGGGAGAAAGACGGGGUUCGGGGCUAUUUAGAAAAGCUGGACGAUCCCAAGUCCCUGGGGCCGGGUGCUAAAGGAGUCGGCGGAUGUGAUUGCAGAGCCAUUGGCCAGUAUCUUGGAAAGCUGAUCGGGGAGGUCUCAGGUGAAAAGGCUCAUGUAGGGUCCAUCUUUUAAAAGGGGAAGCAGGAGGAUCCGGGGAACUACAGGCCAGUCAGUCUCACCUCAGGCCCUGG